AUUUUGACCUUCAGGCCCCCAGAUGAGCAUAUCUGUGAAAGCUCAAAUGAUAAGAAACAUCUCCUAUGUUCCACACACAGCCCUCUGCUCUGCCUAGUGAAUAUUUUAGUGACCCAUUUACAGCAAGCGGCUUUUAUUGAGCAGAGUAGGCAAAUGCAGAAGGAAACAGAAGCCCCGUCAUCCUUGUGACAAUUAUAUGUCUGUCUGUAUAUAUGUAAUCCACCUUCUCAGCCUGAUAAACAAGAGUCUGUGCACAAGUUUUGAAAGGAGGGUAACCAUCAUCUUCUGUGAUCUGAGCAUUUUCUGGUAAACACCUCAGCCACCCCAUAAGCAGGUAAGCCUUAGCCUUUGCACGGUGAUAUCAUUCACAACUCCAGUCUUACCUUGAAUUUCAUUCUGGCUUUUUAAUCUCUCUCCUGAGGCUUAAUCAACAUAAUGUUUCCCUUUCACCUGAUUUCUAUUUUAAGUUAAUUUUUGAGUCAGCUAGUCAGCAGCUAAUUGUAUUUCCACCUUUUUUCUUGGUGGUGCUUCCCUGCGUACCUUCUUACUGCAUGCUCUAUGAAGUAAACCCUCAGCAAUGCCUAGCCCUGUUUAUUUCAGGCGAUUGACAAGAAAAAACGUCAGCCCAAGCAAACACAACUGCAUAAAUCAAAAGCUGAUGCAUCUAUACUUAUUAUUGGUGAUUUUCCUCUAACCAUUUAAGAAACUGGUGUGGAGCAUUCUGUAUAACUCAUCCACUUUGGCUGCUGUUAUUUCUUGAUCUUAUUUUAUUGAGAAAACUUUUGAAUGAACAGGUAGGAGGUUGUGCCUUCAUUUUUCCUGUGUUUUCAGCUGUGGGUAUGAGACAUUUCAUUUUACAGUAGCUUUUGAAAUGAUGCACAGUAGAUCACUGUCUUAUAAAGACCUUCCUUUCCAUUUACCUUUUUGAAGCAAUCGCUAGUGAGUUCACGACAAUGCUUUAUUUUUAACAGUCUAGCCUUGCUCACACACAGCUGUGAGAAUGGAUCACUGAAAACUCUUUUUUUCAGUUCUGGCAACAAUUUCUUUCUUCAGCUAGCUCUCCAGCCCUUCCCUGAGACCAGCCUUUGGUCUGGCUCCUUCACAAUGUCACUGACUCUGGGUCUUUACCCUACAGAUCUCCCUCUCAUUGUUAUGUCCACACCUCUGGAGGAUGCGGUGGACACCUUGAUCAGGAUUUUCCAUCACUACUCUGGCAAAGAAGGAGACAGAUACAAGCUCAGUGAAGGAGAGCUCAAGGAGCUCCUCACCAGCGAGCUCACUGACUUCCUUUCAGGACAAAAAGACCCGCAUCUGUUUGAUAACAUUAUGAAAGAUCUGGACUCCAACAAAGACAAUGAAGUGGAUUUUCACGAAUUUGUCAUUCUGGUUGCUGCUUUGACUGUGGCAUGCAAUGAUUUCUUUGAAGAACAGCUGAAGAAAGAGGGAUUUUUAAAAUGCUUAAUACACAAAUGUGAGCAAAGCAUGACUAGUUAGGUAGCCCUCAUCAGCAUUUAGUGAAUGCAAACCAUCAUCCCUCCAACUGCUACUGCUCUAAGACAUUUACAGAGCAGAUCAGCAGCUGGUGUAAGUUGGACCAAUGCCAGUUU